AUGGGAAAAGGAAAAGAUGACGUCAAUUCCGGUGGCGAUUUUUCUGAUUCAAAACUAUUGCGAAAACUAAACUGGGACUUCGAUCCAGCUUACGAGUGGGAAAACGGUGGCAAAGAUUAUACGUUACCGGGAGAGGAGCCGAAAAAGGAUACAAAACUCGAAAGGGUUGCCAAAAAAUGGCAAAAACACGCCAUAAAAAUAAUUUUCGUUGGUUCUUUCGUCUGUAUGAUUCUCUGCUGCUGUUUCGCCUGCUGCAAGCGGUUCUUCUCGCGGCUUUGUGCGAUUGGCUGCAUGUGGUGUCGGGACAUGCGGGAUAUCUGCCUUAACAGGGACCCAACCUUUCAAACAGCACGCCGGCUUGCAGAUGACUACGGAAUCAAACUGGAUUAUGAGCAAUAUAAGAAGAUAAAAAAUUCGUACGAGCAAUCUUUGCAGAAGCAAGGAUAUGGAAGCAAAAUUGACCUGUCUGGGCGUGGAAAGGGAAAAACGUCCAUGUUCUAA